AUGAGGUGGACGGGUUGGCUGCUACUGGCGUUUCUGACAGCAGCAGCUCUGGUGGCAGAGUCAAAAGGAGGCCGAGGUGGAGGUGGAGGUCGAGGUCGCUCAGCCAGCAGAUCGGCCUCCAGUGGGAGUCGAUUCCACUUCACGAGGAAGUCAGUUUUUUACAGUUCACCAAACUUCUCCGGGAAAUUCGUCCUUCUUAAAAAUCCCUCCAAUUAAACCCCAAGAAUAGUUUCCAAUAGAAACGGAUAUCACAGAACUCGUCCCGAUUACUAUCCUCUUUUUUCUUCUGUUUAUAUCACUGAUAAUGUCAUGACCAUCUUUUUUAUUAAAAGUUCUCUACUUUUAAAGAAAAUACGAGCUUUUUUUUCAUUAGGAAGUAACUAUAUCCGAUGUAUUACUAUCUUUUUUUUGGUAGCUUUCUCUCUCUCUCCCUUUACCACCGAUAAAGAAACUUGACGAACUAUGCCUCCAGAUACGCUAAACCGGGAUCCAUUGAGCACACGUCGAUGUUCCGAUCGACGUUGUUCGGAGCAACCGCCGGAUACCUUGCCUACUCAGCCGGUCGUCAUAUCAUCAGAGAGCCAUCGGCUCCGAUGAGGUACUUUUUCAUCAAAGUUAAAAUCAAGAUCGCAGUAACUAUUUCCAGUUACGGCGGUAAGACCUACUACUGGGACGGUAAUUACUACCAGCCUACCGAAGCCUAUCCAGUCCAGUGCGUCAACAAAAUAGACCCAAACGAUCCUCAGUUUGGCCGAGUCCGUUUCAUCCCAUACCAUUACGAAAUAAUCCAGUUCUCUUUACAGGUGUAUUUCGAAAACGAAACCAGACCACACGAGAUUGUCUAUGGCUGCAAGUCGGAGGACUACUGUUGUGGGUUCGAUUGUUGCCAAGAAUCAACUUUCUUCACUAGCUUAUUGUCAGUUUUGGCAGUUUUUAUCAGAGAAAGGUGUAUAAAUAGGGGAGGACAGAUCAGUCCAUUAAAAAUGACGCAACGAAAAAUCUAGUUUGCAUUGAAGAACGUCACUAAAUUCGUCGGCCUCAAAAUUUUUUUCAAAAAGAGGAAUUAUGAUGGGCCUUGUUGCAAAUGCAAAAUAGAAUGAAUAACUUCGAAUACAGAAUCGGAAAUCAAGAGUAAGUAAGUUUUGCGAUUUUCAAUUUUCCGUGAAAGUCUGACCUUUCUUUUUUGUCUAAUGUAAGCACGGCUUUUUUUAAAAUUCAAAUACUAGUUGUUUCCUACGAAAAAUAGAACCAUUAUGGACCAUUCUGGGAAAAAAUUAAUUCCUUUUUUUUGCAGCAGUCUACUGGUCCUGAUUCUGGUGAUGUCAAUUGCGAGUAUUUUUGUGAUCGAAUGCGUUCGCUGGUGCCUUCACUGUACUUAUUUGUUCAAAAACGGCCGGCCGCGCGAUUUCGAGCCGCUUAGCAUAUAAAUUAAAUAUUUCAUAAUAUCACAUUUCUACAACCAAAAAGGCCUUCAACACUACUUACUUGUGUCACUGUGUGAGUUUCUCGGGAAUUUGAACAGAUAUAUAAAAUAAAAUCUAGUUGCUAUAAAUGAAAAAAAAGAUCAACUUUGAGAAAAAAAAAAACAAGAUUUUUUCAGGUCAUUUUCGUGUGCCUUGGGAGCUGA